UCAAGUACACGACAGAUCGCGAUUGCAUCACCGUCCUGUGUGUAUAUAUCUUGCGAUGGCCAUCUGCCCCGAGAAAGCCACGGCUAAUCGUUGGGUAAGGUAGUCAUAGAGCAGGCAGAAUGAUGGACGGGGCUGGAGCGCUACUCCGGAGUCAUCAGAUGGAGCCGCCGCCGCCGUUCUUAGCAAUUUCGGUCACCGUGGCGACCUUGGCUGCUGGCGUAUUCGCCAUAUAUUUCUACGCACCUUCAUGGCGCGUACGUAGGGUCCCCGGUCCGAUGGCUUACCCGCUGAUCGGCCACCUGCCGUUGCUCGCCAAGCACGGGCCGGCGGUGUUCACGGUCCUCAGAGAGAGAUUCGGGCCCAUCUACAGGUUUCACAUGGGUAGACAGCCGCUAGUUAUGAUUGCAGACCCCGAGCUGUGCAGAGAGGUGGGAAUCCAGAAGUUCAAGAGCAUCCCCAACAGAAGCGUCCCUAGUCCUAUUCGCAGCUCGCCUAUUCACAACAAAGGCCUCUUCUUUACGAGGGACUCGAGAUGGCAAUCCAUGAGAAAUGUCAUCAUCUCCAUUUACCAGCCGUCGCACGUGGCAAGCCUCAUCCCUUCCUUCCAACCGUACAUUGAACGGACGGGGCGCCUCCUCCGGCAUGGCGAGGAGAUCACCUUCUCCGACCUCUCGUUAAAGCUCUUCAGCGACACUAUUGGUCAGGUCGCCUUUGGUGUGGACUUCGGCCUCACCAAAGGCACCACCUCUCCACCACCGAAACACCAUGUCGAUUGUGCUGAGACUGUCGACAUGACAACGGAUUUCAUCGAAAAGCACUUCUACGCCACGACGUCCCUCAAGAUGGACCUGUCAGGCUCCGUGUCCAUCAUCCUUGGCAUGCUCGUGCCGUUGCUACAGGAACCCGUGAGGCAGCUCCUGCUGCGUAUGCCGGGCUCAAAAGACCGCCGGAUGGAAGAGACCAACUUGGCCAUGAGUGGGCUACUAGACAACAUUGUGGCUGAGCGGGCGGCACAAGCUGACAGGGGGGAGAAGAACUUCCUGUCUGUGAUGCUUAAUGCAAGCGAGAGCACAGACGCAAUGAGGAAGUUGUUGACGCAAGACUACGUGAGCGCACUUACAUACGAGCACUUACUUGCAGGGUCGGUGACCAUGUCCUUCACGUUGUCAAGCCUGGUGUACCUUGUGGCGAUGUACCCCGAGGUAGAGGAGAAGCUACUCAAGGAGAUCGACGCUUUUGGGCCCAAAGAUGUGGUACCCAAUGUUGAGGACAUCCAGACCAAAUUCCCUUACAUGGAGCAGGUUUUGAAAGAGACGAUGAGAUUCUACACUGUGUCCCCUCUGAUUGCAAGGGAAGCAUCCGAGGAUGUCCAGAUUGGAGGCUAUGUCCUUCCUAAGGGUACUUGGGUGUGGCUAGCACCAGGCGUACUAGCAAAAGACCCAAAGCAGUUCCCAGACCCCGACGUGUUUCGGCCUGAGCGGUUUAACCCUGAGAGCGAGGAAUGCAAGCGAAGGCAUCCCUAUGCAUUCAUUCCCUUUGGUAUUGGACCCCGGGCAUGCAUUGGGCAGAAGUUCGCGUUCCAGCAGCUCAAGCUCGUCAUUCUCCACCUCUACCGCCACCACGUCUUCAGGCACUCGCCCAACAUGGAAUUCCCGCUGCAGUUCCAGUAUUCCAUCUUGGUCAACUUCAAGCAUGGUGUCAAGCUCCAGGUCAUCGAAAGGAAGACUUGAUAUGUGUCUAGCAAGUAGCAACUCUAUCUAAAUAUCAUGGAUAUGUGUUCUUAUAAAAAAAAUGUGAAUUUAUGAAAUAUGUACAUGCUAUUUUGUACGACAUACAUGAAGAUUGUGUAAUGUGUGUAACCUUGUUCUUAUAUAUUGAAUAAAAGCUGAUGCAUGUCGUUGUUUU